UCGCGUCUGACGUAAGUUUUAAUGUGGCGUCGUGACGUACCCGGAAGCGACUGAUCAGCAGCUGCCGCUUGCAGCGGCUAUCAGCUAAUAGCUAACAACCGAAGCUCCGAGCAGGCAGACGGACAGACAGACAGACGGACGGAGGGCAGACAGGUCUCCGUUUCUGUGGAUGGACGUGAGCAGCGCCGCCAUGGGACCGGAGAGAGUCUUACCGAGCUCCGAGGACGAGCUGGGGGAGGACGAGCGUCCGGCUGACGGGACGCUGCCGCCGGGGGGCGGGGCCGUUUGGAGCGGGGGGGAGGGAGGGGGGGAGGAGGAGGAGGAGGGGGGAGAAGAGGACGAGAACGAGAACAGUGGAGGUUAUUAUUACCAACCUCUGAACCAGGAUCCAGACGGCGGGAACGCCACGGAGGAGGUGGAGCCGGGGGCAGAGACAUCGCACGCCGAGCAGGUGCAGCAGGUGCAGCAAAGGAUCGAGGUGAUGGGCCUCCACCUUCCUGAAGCCCCUCCCCUUGACAGUGAUGACGAGGACGACCCCGAGGGGGCGGCGGCCCUGAGGAGCCACGCCUCAAUCCCCAUGGACGCAGACCACGUGGAGCUGGUGAAGAGGACGAUGGCGGCCGUGGCAUUGCCGGUUGUUGGCGUGCCGGCAUGGGCACAGGAGAUCUCCGACGACCAAUGGAAGGACAUGGUCCAACACACCCUGCAGGGCCGGCAGAGUGCCGGCGCCCUGCGCCUCAGCGGACCCUGACCACACCACGCCCACUUCAGGGACACCCCCACACAGCGUUGGGAAGUUACAGGAUGAAUUAUAUUGAUCAUCAAUGAAUCAACGUGUCAGACUGAAUCUAAGAUAAACUUUGAACAGUCGAUGGAUCGAUCACUGAUCAGUGGUAAUAAACUUAACUUAAUUAUAUUUUAGAUUUAAAACAAACGAGACAAGCGACAGGAUCAGGUCAAAGCGCCUGACAGACAACACCGAGGGAUUAACGUUGUUUUUUGUCUUGUUGCCAGCUGACGGUCUGUUACGAUUCAGGAAACUGAAAGAUAAAUGUUAUGAUGUCAGAACUGAUCGUCAUGACAGCGUCUACAAACAUGAUUCAUGACUUAAUUAUUCUUCAAUAAAAUGAUAUUUAGGAUGAUGUCACAUUCCGCCUUAUUAAAACUGUUUGUAUCUGUUAGAUGAACCAGUGUGUCAGAUUGUGUGUAAAUCAAACUGUCAGACACGUUCACUUGAUUAUUUUAUUUUCUUCUGUACAUGAACAUUUGUACAAAAUCAUACUUGUCAUGUUCUCAUAAAGGUCACAUGUGUUCCGAUGUGA